AGCUUCUUUAUCACUACAAAGAAAUAAUAAUAAUAAUUUGUGCUUUAAAAGUUGUCGAUGCAACAGUCCUAUUGUGGAUGUGGUGAGGCCGUCCAAGCGUCACUGGGUUCAAGCGCCACCUGCAGGCGGAUCAGGGAAGGCCAUGAACGGUCCCGGAUAGAAACUAAGGCAUUGAGGAUUUAUUUUUGUAGGUGCAAAUAUAAGUCAAGGAAGAUGAUGUAAAAAGUCACACUUUAAGGCCUAGAAACAGGUUUCUCAAGCAGACAGACAGCCGUGCAGCCGUGCCGUGCAGUAAAGGGUUUCUCGAUAUAACACGUUCACUAAAGCAAACCUUGUGAUGAGACAACAAACAAUGCCUGUGUGGCAUUAAUAAGCAAAAUAAAGAAACACAUUCAUGUCUUGAAAUAGCCAUCUAUCAGACUAAAGACCAACUCUGUAAAGGACAAACCCAGCUAUUCUAAUUAGAAAUUGCCCAUUUGACCUUAUCUUAAAAUUGUUUCCACGAUAUGUAUGAAUUUGAAUCAUAUAUUUUUUUUUUAUUGUGUCAUGCAUUAGCAUGCCCAGCCCACAAGGGCUUACAAGACACCAUUAUAAAACAUAGACCAAUAAUCAAAAGAAGAUGCUACAAUACUAACAUUAACGAUAUAAACCACCCUGACGUUUCAUCCAGGCUUUAACAAACUAAUCUAAUUUAUAAACAUUAAAGGUAAUCAAACAUUCUAUCCUGAUACUCAGGGUUUUGAGCACAAAGUUCAUUUACAAAAUGUACUCUUCGUUCAUCAUAGAAGGGACAGUAUAAAAAAAAAAAAAAACCGAGAUUCAUUCUCCACUUCUUGUAAAUCACAAAGUCUCUGUUCCUCUGGGAUAUUUUUUAAUCUGCCGAACUCAAGAGCCAGGGGAAGGAUUCCCAUUCUUAAUUGGGCAAUCAAGGAUCUUUGAUUCAAGGCUCUCAAGCAGACGCAGCCUCGUUUGCCCGUCGAAUGUAUUUCCUGGUUGCACAGUUGCACUGAUGCUAAUGCUAAUGCUAAAAACAAAUCCAGCUGAUGUGCGUCUGACAGGAGAGACAUCUGAAGUCACCCGGAGCUGCUACCAUGGCGGGGUCGGCUGGUCGCAGGAAGAGAGCGCUGCAGCCGGGGGCCGGAGAGGCGGCUGAGGACCAGCAGGACUGUGGUGUCCUGUUGUUCUCUGACCGACCGGACCGGUGUCCUGUUCAGCCUGAUGAGACGGCGGCCGUCCUGAGGAAGCGCUCGCCCCGGCUCCGGGACCUCUCCAGGACCCCCGCCAGCGAGAGCAUCUUCUGCUGCUCCCUGUGCUACAAGGCCUUCAUCUCCUCCUCCAGCCUGGAGGCUCAUCACAAGGCCAGCCACAAGACCUUCUCAUUCUCCUCCUGCUCCUCCAGCCUGGAGACCAACCACAAGGCCUCCUCCUCCUCCUCCACCUCCAGCCUGGAGACCAACCACAAGGCCUCUUCCUCCUCCUCCUCCUCCACCUCCAGCCUGGAGGCCAACCACAAGGCCUCCUCCUCCUCCUCCUCCACCUCCAGCCUGGAGACCAACCACAAGGCCUCUUCCUCCUCCUCCUCCUCCUCCAGCCUGGAGACCAACCACAAGGCCUCCUCCUCCUCCUCCUCCUGGGUGGGGGCCCGCCCCACCCAGAGACCCCACCCCUGCGCCGUCUGCUCCAGGAGCUUCCGCCGGCCCUGCCUGCUACGGGAGCACCUGAAGAGCCACGGCCCGGGCCGGACCGGGGCGCCGGGACACGGCAGCGCUCAGGAACCAGUCAGCCAACCAGACGCCUCAGAACCCCGUGACCUCAGCACCAAGCCGUCUGCUGGUAACCACGGUGACCCCGCCGGCCGCCCAGAGGACGAAGAGGACAAGGCGGCGGAUCGCGGCGAGGAAGACGUCGGCGGUUUGAUCAACUCCGACGGCGAGGAGGAGCACUGGAAGUCUCCGUCCAGAACCGGUGAGGGCCGGGUCAGAGCGUCCAUACUAACGCUCGGACCCCGACCUGCCCAGAAGGAGCGGGACGUGGCGGCGGCGGCGGCGGCGCGGGCCGGUCCCAAGCCCCGCCACGGCUGCCCCGUGUGCGGGCGGGACUGCCUCAAGGCCUCGGCGCUGCAGAAGCACCUGCGCGUCCACUCCGGCGAGCGGCCCUUCCAGUGCCCCGUGUGCCGCAAGAGCUUCGUCCAGCACGUGCACAUGACGGAGCACCGGCGCAUCCACACGGGCGAGAGGCCCUACACCUGCCCGCUGUGUGGGCGGAGCUUCACCUUCUCCAGCGCCCUGCGCCGCCACCAGAGGCUGCACGCCGACGCGCGGCCCUUCCAGUGCGCCGUCUGCCACAAGAGCUUCAAGCAGCUGAGCUCGCUGAAGGGCCACCAGCUGGUGCACACGGGCGUGCGCUUCCCCUGCCCCGUCUGCAGCAAGAGCUUCAGCCGGCCGCUGGAGCUCAGCUACCACGUGGGGACGCACUCCUCGGCGAGGCCCUACUACUGCCACGCCUGCCAGAAGAACCUGAGCGGGGCCCGCGUGUACCGCAAGCACCUGAAGAGGCACCAGGGGGAGACGGGGGGGGGCGGGGGGCCCCGGGCGGGCGGGGGGCCCAGGGGGGGCGGGGAGGAGGAGGAGGCGUGGGGUGGGGGAGGAGAGGAGGGGGGAGGGGAGGAGGAGGUGGAGGAGGAGGAGUGGGGUGGGGGAGGAGAGGAGAGGGGAGGGGGGGAGGAGGUGGAGGCGUGGGGUGGGGGAGGAGAGGAGAGGGGAGGGGGGGGGGAGGUGGAGGAGGAGGAGUGGGGCUGCAGGGGAGAACAGGAGGAGGAGGGGGGAGUGUGAACUCUGCCCUGUAGAGCAGCUAGGGGUCACUCCAUGACGUGCACAUGACCGAUCCCCAGUCGAUCACAGUUUAGACGACCAAUGAAUGAGGGGUUACCCGGAGCUCUUCAGGACAUUCUUCCCGGAGCGUGUUGUAGAAUGUGAGUACCGUCGUUCCUCUUCCAUAUUUGUCCUGACCUUCCCCCAAACAGAGGCAAGGUUACCCCGGCAGCAGAUGGGUUCAUCUAGUGCCUUGCUCGUGGUGUCGUGGAACAGACCGGGGAAACAGACCUCG